ACUCAAACUUUCUUGCCAUGCCCAAAAAGAAGGAGAAGAAACAAGAGGAAGGCGACAAAACAAAGAAAAAGCAAAGUCGAGUCACUCCCGCUGAAGAACGAGAGUCUGGGGACAAAGAGAAGGAUUUAUAUGUCGUUCAAAUCGGCUUUUUGAGCGAGGAGCUCGAGAGACAGCAGCUGAAAUGCAAGCGCCUGGAGAAGGAGAAUACGUCGCUGGCGUGUCGUUGCGUCUCCGUGGAGACGGAGAAGAAGGAUGCGGUAGAGUACCUGAAGAGGGAGCUGCUCGAGAAGGAGGACGAGGUGGACCGGUUGGCGGAGCAGCUGGACCAGAGUCUGCGCGAAGCCCACACAGACCGGGACGACCUGAGGAGCCGGUUGACUGGGGAACUCCGGGAACUCCAGGAUCGCAUCCACCGGCUGGAGGAUGACAAUGCCGGGCAAGUGGUCAGGCUGGCGGCGGUGGAGACUUUCGAGAAACAGAAGGGGCAGCUGAUGUUCAACAUGGCGGCCACAGAGAAGAAGCUGGCCGACCGGGAGGAGGAGCAUGCCGACGCCGUGCAGGCCGCAAAGAUGGAGGCGCUGCUGGAGAAGACCAGGCUGGAGAAGGAGCUGGAGGCCCAGGCGGCGGCGAGGGCGGCGGAGGUGGAGCUUCUGGUGGAGCAAAAGCUGCCCGAGGCCAGCAAGCGGGUGGCGAUGGAGAACCUGGAGGUGAAGGCGCGAUAUGCCGAACUGUCCGAGAAGGCCCACCAGCUGGCGCGGGAAAACCACACCCUGAGACAGCAGAGGGGCCGGAAGGCGACCGACGUUGCCAUCCUCGAGGAAACCAUCGCGAAAAUGGCGCGGCAGAGCUGCGUACGCAAGAAGGUGGCGGAGCAGUUGCAGGCAGAGCUGACAGAGCGCAGUUGUGACCUGGAACUACUUCGGAACCAACGCGACCAAUCCCGCGCCGAGCUGGAGGCACUCAGGUCCAAACUUAACCGUAUAUCGGCCAUAUUGUCACGUGACAUAAUUUUCUGCCUAUGAUGUCAUCUUCAUUCAAAUGUUUCCAUUAUUGUGGUUGGGACAAACCUCCUUGCGGGAGAAAGAGACAUGCCGCGGCAUCGAGUCGUCUGGAGGCGGAGCUACAGGUGGAGAGGAAGACGACUGGCCGGACGAAGGAAGCCGUCACCGCCCUCA